AAAAUGUCUGAAGAAAAAGAGAUCUUGGAUAUGGAAGAGUCAUCAGAAGACGAACUACCCAGACUUGAAGUCAGUAAAAAGAUGUCUUCAUACCCAGAAGAGUUUGAUGACGAUGAUAGCGAUGAGAUGCCCCAAUUAGUCGUUUGGAAUAAGAGAUCUAGCUCUGAAAACUCUAAUUUCAGAGUUAAAAUUAGUGACAAAUAAAAUCCUCGGGGUCAAAUUUGGAGCUAAUAGAAGAAAAACUCAAGAUAUACGCAAAAAUAGCGGAAUGAGUCUUCAACUAGGAAAUGAGGAAGCAGGCGAUCUCCCGCUUACUAUAGAGGAAGAACCUCAUAAUGAGACAGAAGAUACCCAAAUUUAUGAAGAAAUAAAUGAAGAUGGAGAACAAGAUGCUGAUAUAGACUUAAAAUAUCUCAUUAACAAACUAAAAAUAGAGGAACAACUAGAGCUAGUUCACCCAGAAAUCAAGAAGACCUAUAAUGAUGGAUUAAAAAUGCAACAAUACACACCCAACAACUUGAACAGGCUAAAAGAAAGGAAAAGAAUGAAAUAAGCAUUACCAACAAUAUGCUGUUGAGAAGAAAGUCAGUCAACCUGUGUACCAAAAGGAAAGAAUUGAUUCAAAAUAACCUUGAAGAAGACAACAGGAUCAAGACUGAACGCAUCAAGGAGCUGCAGCAGACCUAUAAACAUGAGGUAAACUCCCUACGCCAGAUUAUAAAAGAGAACCACAAAGAUGAAUUUCAUGCAUAUGGCGAGUUAAGAGUUAUCAACCAGAAGUUGUCCCAGGAGAUAUUCCACUUAAAGAACCAAUUGACCUCCGAAAAGUACAAAAAUGAACGUAUUCACAGAGAAAUCAAAGAUUACGGUGUUGAGAUCAAGAAAAUCCUCAACAAGGAAAUCAAGGAUCUGAAUAUCCUCAAGAAGGACCUUGUUGAACAAAAAGCUAAAUAUAAGUACCUCCAGAAGAAAUACAAAGAGGCCCUUGAAAGAGACACCAAAGAGGAAGGAGUUGAUCAACAAAUUUCCAGGCAAGAUUCCCUCAAUAAGAUGGAUGAAGAUCGAAUGGAAAUGAUCCUCGAUAGCAAGACUAAGGAGAUCAUCGAGCUACUCAACAAGGAAGGAGAGAGUGAGAUUUCACCUAUUGAUGAAAACACUAAAACUGCUCAAAAUGAAGCCUCUUUCUUUGCAAAGCAAUCGAUGCUGGAUGAAAUUCAGGAUUAUAGAAAACCAAUCUCUAACAUUUCUAGCCUAACAGGUAAUAAAAUGCCAACGAUGGCUAAAUUACCCAAGAAGCCAAAGCCCAGCUCUGCAUUUGAAUAUGAGAUUGAAGAGAAUGAGCUCAGCUAUAGGUCGUCACUUCACCCAGAUAUUGAAGAUUAAAUCAUUCAAUGAGGCCUAAA